AUGGCACACGGGGCCGAGGACUGCGCGACUGUCCUGGAGCAAUUCGUGCACGAUGCAGCGAACUUACCAGCCGAGAUAAAUCAUUUGAUGGAAGAAAUUGAGGCUAAAGACAAAGUGAUGCAGGAGUGUCGCGCAAUUAUCAACUCCCGAGACGGAAGCAUCCAAAAGUUCAUCAAACUCAACGGUAGUCUCGCGCCAAAUCCAAAAGAAGAGGAAUACAGCAAAGCCGUAUUGCAGAAUCUCGACCGUAGCGAGCAAAUCCAGAAUGAGAAAAUCCAGCUCAGCGAAAAAGCAUGUGUGCUCCUCGAUCGUCAGAUCAAGCGCCUCGACGUUCGCAUCCGCGACCUGGUCAACGAAGGCCUCCUCACAAAUGACCCUCCUCUCCCCUCUCUCUUCGACAGCAAGAAAAACUACGCUGACCCACCUCGCGCUUUCUUCACAAACCCGCGCCCUACCAACCCCACAAACGACACCAAGAACCCCAUACUCCACGCUGCGCAACAACUAAACCAGUCUACUUCCAAUACCCCGCGCGUCGCGCAAGCUGCCAACCUCGUCGCGCAAGCAUCAGCCCGCAGCUCAGCCCCCGCGACCCCAGCCGGUGUAUCAGGCGUCCCUCAUCUGCAGCGCCAACGUGAGUCCUCAGCCGGCGCCGUCGACAGCAAACGGCGCCGUCUAAACGCCACUCUCGGAACCCUCCCAACUACAUCCUCCAAUCUCCGUCAACCAUCCAUGGGCCCCGGCACCCCGAAGGCUGGGACUCCCGUCUCCAGCCGCGCGGGCAGUGUCGGUCCUCGCACGAUGGCCGCUGGCAUCGUCAAGAAACCACUCACCAAGAAGGUCGCACCCCACCAGCAGAAGAAGCACAAGAGCGGGUCUUCGCGAAAGGGCCUGAAGCAUUCGAGCGGCAGGGUUAAAUCACAUAAGUCGCCUGGCGGGGGUGAGGAGGAUGAUGAUUCCAUGCUCAGUAGUGCUGACAUGUCUGAAUCGGAUACGGGGGUGGAGAGGAUGAUAUGGACGAGGACGAGGACGAGGACGAGGGGAAUGAGGACUCAAAGGUCUAUUGUACCUGUCGCACAGUCAGUCAUGGUGAUAUGGUCGCUUGUGACAACGAUAAUUGUCCGUAUGAGUGGUUUCAUUGGAAGUGCGUGGGGUUGA